CCCAUGUGCUCACAUGGAACCAUAGAGCAAGCAGCAUCCCAACCACACCACUCUCUCUCUCUCUCUCUCUCUCUCUCUCUACACUCUCUAGAGACCUCCUUCUCCUUCUCCUUCUCCUUCUCCUUCUCUUCCUCCUUGCGGAGCUUCAACAAGCCAUCAAGCUCAAGAGAGGUGCGGGCGUUGGCAGCGGUGGAGGUGGCGCCAUCGGUUACCACAAUCGGAGAGGAAGAGAAGGUAUAAGUAGGUGGAGAUGAAGGAAGGAGGGGAUGGGUUCGUGAGAGCGGACCAGAUAGAUCUGAAAAGCCUGGAUGAGCAGUUGGAGAGGCAUCUUAGUAGGGCGUGGACUAUGGAGAAGAAGAAGGAUGAUGAGAGGGGUGGGAGUGGUGGUGGUGCUAGGGAGAGGGAGGAAUGGGAGAUCGAUCCUUCUAAGCUUGUUAUCAAGGGUGUUAUUGCUCGCGGGACCUUCGGUACUGUUCACCGUGGCGUUUACGAUGGGGUUGAUGUCGCCGUGAAACUGCUUGAUUGGGGGGAAGAGGGUAAUAGGACAGAAGCUGAGAUUAACUCACUUCGGACAGCUUUUUCUCAAGAAGUUUCAGUUUGGCAUAAGCUAGAUCAUCCCAAUGUGACUAAGUUCAUAGGGGCAACAAUGGGUGCUACAGGUCUAAAUAUUCAGACAGAAAAUGGCCAUAUUGGUAUGCCUAGUAAUGUGUGCUGUGUUGUCGUAGAAUACCUUCCUGGGGGUGCAUUGAAAUCUUAUUUAAUAAAGAACCGGAGAAGAAAGUUAGCCUUCAAAGUUGUUAUCCAACUGGCUCUUGAUAUGGCUAGAGGGUUGAGUUAUCUUCAUUCAAAGAAAAUUGUGCAUAGAGAUGUCAAGACAGAGAAUAUGCUUCUUGAUAAAUCAAGGACAGUAAAAAUUGCUGACUUUGGUGUUGCACGUGUUGAGGCUCAAAAUCCUAAUGACAUGACAGGCGAGACAGGAACCCUUGGUUACAUGGCACCUGAGGUUCUAAACGGCAACCCUUACAACAGAAAAUGCGAUGUCUAUAGUUUUGGCAUUUGUUUAUGGGAAAUAUACUGUUGUGACAUGCCAUACCCAGACCUCAGUUUCUCAGAAAUUACAUCAGCUGUUGUACGGCAGAACUUAAGGCCUGAGAUACCACGUUGUUGCCCAAGUUCACUGGCGAAUGUAAUGAAGAGAUGCUGGGAUGCGAACCCGGACCGACGGCCUGAAAUGGAUGAGGUAGUAGCGAUGUUGGAGGCAAUCGAUACAUCAAAGGGCGGAGGAAUGAUCCCCAUUGAUGAACCUCAAGGUUGUUUCUCGUGCUUUCGCAAGUACCGUGGUCCUUAGUAUCUGAACUAUGCUUUUACCAUCACAAAGAGUAUGAUUUCGCCCAAACGAUAAGAAUCUCCAUGGAAACUUGUAUUACUUUGAAGGCAAAAUAUGAUUAACAGAGCUGAUCAGGAGGUAUGGCCAUUAUUUUGAUUGAG